AUGUCGCAUGAUCUCAGCCCUGCUCAGCAUCCUCGGCUGACCUGGGAGGCCCCCGAGUUUGCCCUGGCCCACUGUGGUCCCCUGCCAGUCUGCUGCCCUCCCUCAGAGCUUGCCAUGCUGAUCUCUGCAUUUUCUGUUCAGGGCCAGCCCACCAUCCCGGCCUCCCUUCCUCCUGAACUACCAAGACCCAAGACAAGGCUUCAGUCCCGGGAAAACAUUCUCGACUCCUGGUGGAUUGAUGACCCUUCUCUGACCUCCCUUCACUUCAGGGGCUUUGUUCCUGGGGGGCGUCUUUCACUGGGUUGA